GCCGCCGAGCGGUCCUUCUUCUUCACCCCCCCCCCCCCCCCCCCCCCCAGCGCCCCGGAGCCGCGGGGAGGAACGGGGCGCCCGCAAUGGCCACCGUGGUGGUGGUGGAAGUGGACUCGGAGCCCUCCUGUAGCAUCCCCAAAACCACCUCCCUCUCGCCCAGCCUUUCGCACCGCUUCCUGGACAGCAAAUUUUACCUGCUGGUGGUCAUCGGCGAGCUGGUGACCGAGGAGCACCUGCGGCGGGCUGUCGCCAACAUCGAGCGAGGAAUCCGAUCGUGGGACACAAACUUGAUUGAAUGCAACUUGGAUCAAGAACUGAAACUUUUUGUGUCUCGCCAUUCAGCUCGAUUCUCUCCUGACAAUCGAGGUCAGAAAAUUCUUCACCACAGAAGUGAUGUCUUAGAAACUGUAGUCCUGAUCAAUCCCUCAGAUGAAGCAGUUAGUAUUGAGGUGCGCUUAAUGAUCACAGAUUCUGCAAGACACAAGCUUCUUGUAUUAACUGGACAGUGCUUUGAAAACACGGGAGAACUCAUUCUUCAGUCAGGGACCUUCUCCUUCCAGAACUUCAUUGAGAUCUUCACGGAUCAAGAGAUUGGUGAAUUAUUGAGCACCACACACCCUGCCAACAAAGCCAGCUUAACUCUUUUCUGCCCUGAGGAAGGAGACUGGAAAAAUUCCAACCUUGACAGACACAACCUUCAAGACUUUAUUAACAUUAAACUCAACUCAGCUUCCAUGUUGCCCGAAAUGGAAGGACUCUCUGAAUUCACAGAGUAUCUGUCAGAAUCAGUAGAAGUGCCAUCACCCUUUGACAUUUUGGAACCUCCAACUUCAGGAGGCUUCUUGAAACUCUCCAAACCCUGCUGUUAUAUUUUCCCAGGUGGAAGAGGAGACUCUGCAUUGUUUGCAGUGAAUGGAUUCAACAUGCUUAUCAAUGGAGGAUCUGAAAGAAAAUCUUGCUUUUGGAAACUUAUCCGUCACUUGGACAGGGUAGAUUCCAUUCUACUCACUCACAUCGGAGAUGAUAACCUGCCAGGAAUCAAUAGCAUGCUUCAGCGAAAGAUAGCUGAAUUAGAAGAGGAACAGUCCCAAGGGUCUACUACCAACAGCGACUGGAUGAAAAAUCUGAUCUCACCUGAUUUAGGAAUUAUAUUCCUUAAUGUACCUGAGAAUCUGAAGAACCUGGAUCCUAACUUCAGAAUAAAAAGGAGUGUAGAAGAAGCUUGUUUUACUCUCCAGUGUUUACAUAAAUUGUCUAUGAAACCAGAACCUCUUUUCAGAAAUGUAGGAAAUACCAUUGACCCCAUCAUUUUAUUUCAGAAAAUGGGAGUUGGCAAACUUGAGAUGUAUGUACUUAAUCCUAUCAAAAAUAGCAAAGAGACGCAAUAUUUUAUGCAACAGUGGAGUGGUACUAGCAAAGAUACAGCUGAAUUCCUGCUACCAAAUGGCCAAGAACUAGGCAUUCCAUUAUCCUAUUUUACGUCUGUCUCAUCCCUGAUUGUGUGGCAUCCAGCUAAUCCUGCAGAAAAAAUAAUCCGAGUUCUGUUUCCUGGAAACAGCACCCAAUAUAAUAUUCUAGAAGGACUAGAAAAGCUCAAACACUUAGACUUCCUUAAACAACCAAUGGUUACACAGAAAGACCUAACUGGGAACAUUGCUAGUCCAGCUGUGAAACAAGCAAAGUUGAAACAACGAACAGACAGCAAGGAGAGUCUGAAGCCUGCUGCAAAGACACCACCAAGCAAGCCUGUCAGAAAGGAAUCUAAGGAAGAAACACCAGAGCCUGCAAAGCCUAGUCCAGCACCAGAAAAGCUUCAGAAAUUGGAAAGCAAAGAAAAAGUUCCAGUUAAAAAAGAGAAAUCAGCAAAAGUGGAGACCAAACCUAUAGUGGCAGAAAAAGAUGUAACAAGUAAAGAAGAGCAAUUAGUAAAAUCUGAAACUCCUGAAAAACAAGCUACAGAUGUAAAACAAAAAGUGGCAAAGGAUAAGCCAGUGAAAAAGGAAGCCAAAGCAAAACCUGAAGAAAAGAAAGAGGAAAAAGAAAAAACAAAGAAAGAGGUUUCUAAAAAAGAGGAGAAAACACCCAUCAAAAAAGAGGAAAAACCCCAAAAAGAAGAGAUCAAGCAAGAAGUUAAAAAAGAGGCGAAAAAGGAAGAGAAGAAGGAAACUAAGAAGGAAGUAAAGAAAGAAGCUCCACCAAAGGAAGCUAAAAAAGAAGGUAAAAAAGAAGAGAAGGAAAUUAAGAAGGAAGAAAAAGAAGUGAAAAAGGACAUCCAAAAGGUUCCUAAAGAAAAAAAGAAGACAGCUGCUCCUUCAACUGAAGUAAAAAAACUAGCAGCAAAGCCUAAACCACGAAAGAAGGAGGAACCUGCUAAAAAAGAAGCAGUAACUGCUGGAAAGCCAAAGGAAAAAGGAAAAAUUAAGUCUGUGAAGAAGGAGAUCAAGGUCAGUGGGCCGCAAGCUGCCCUUGCAGCAGCUGGAGCCGCCACCACAACUGUAGCAGCUGCAGAAAUUACAGGUAGUGGAAAAGAACUUGAAGUGGAGAGAUCCCUUAUGUCUUCACCAGAGGAUUUAACAAAAGACUUUGAGGAAUUAAAAGCUGAAGAAGUAGAAACAAUAAAAGAAACAAAACCUCAAGUUGCACUUAUAGAGGAUGAACUGAAACUCCCUGGCACAGAACAAAAAGAGGCCUUUGAAGUCCAAAAAAAAAUAUUAGAUAAUGAAGGACCUGCCGAGUCCUCUGAUGAAGGCAUAACUACCACAGAGGCUGAGGGUGAGUGUGAACAAACACCUGAAGAAUUGAAGCCUGUGGAAAAGCAUAGGGUUGAUGACAAUGAAAAGUUUGAAGAUGAGGGAUCUGGCUUGGAAGAAUCAUAUGAAGCAGGACGUUAUGAGGAAAAGGCAGAGACAGAAGAAGCUGAAGAACGAGGUGAAGAUGAGGAAGAAAAGACACCACUGGACACCACAAAACCAUAUAUGGAGGAAGCAAGAAAAAUGGAAGAGAGUUCAGAAGAAAUAAUGGCUGAAGCAGAUGCUAACAUUAAAGCAAAAAAAUAUAUUGAAAUGGCAGAUGAUGAGGCAUCAGAUGAACGGGCUGAGGAAGACAGGGAAGAAGCAGUAGAAAAGGCAGAAACUGAAGAGACUGAAGAAGAGGAGGAAGACAAAGCAGAAGACAUCGGAGAUGAAGAGGAGACUGAAAAAAUAGAAGCUGAAGAAGAUGACGUGAUGGCCGUGGUAGACAAAGCUGGAGAAACUGGUGAAGUUGAAGAGAAAUAUGGCCUACUCAUAAUUACACCAACAAAACGCUCAGAGCCUCAGUCUCCAGCAGUUGAACCAGCCUCUUCUAUCCAUGAUGAAACAUUACCUGGUGGUUCAGAAAGUGAAGCCGCUGUUUCUGAUGAAGACAGAGAAGAUCAACCUGAGGAAUUCACUGCUACUUCAGGUUAUACACAGUCUACCAUUGAAAUAUCCAGUGAACCAACGCCAAUGGAUGAAAUGUCUACACCCCGGGAUGUCAUGAGUGAUGAAACUAACAAUGAAGAAAGCGAGUCACCUUCUCAGGAGUAUAUGAACAUUACCAAGUAUGAGACAUCACUGUAUUCUCAAGAAUUUGCUAGACCUAAACUUUCUCCACUUCUGGAUGCUUUUAAUGGAUUAUCAGAAGGAUCCAAAACAGAAGCCACAGAAGGUAAAGACUAUAAUGCCUCAGCUUCUACCAUCUCACCACCUUCUUCAUUAGAGGAAGACAAAUUCUGCAAAUCUGCAUUCCAAGAUAUAUAUUGGCAAAAAGGAAGUGAAAUCCAAGGCACUGCCAAAUUAGAAAUCAAAGAACCCUAUCCAGACGAUGGUGGAAAACAUAGUCCAGCCAGGAGUCCAGCUGAGAGUUUGUCCCCUCCAUUACCUGUUGCCAAAACACCCCUGAAUGAACGUAGUGUGAACUUUUCACUCACUCCCAAUGAGAUCAAGGUUGCGGCUGAUCCUGUCCCCAUUGCUACAUUGCCUGAUGUACAUCAAGAAGUUGCCAAAGAGCACUGUGCAAGCCCUGAAGAUAAAACAUUAGAAGUAGCAUCUCCCUCACAGUCUGCUGCUGGUAGUGCUGGCCACACACCUUAUUAUCAGUCUCCCACUGAUGAAAAAUCCAGUCAGCUUCCCUCUGAAACCAGUGAAAAGUCAACAGAAGCUCCUGUUAGCUUUGAACUCAGUGAAGUCAAAGAUGAGUCUGCAAAACCCAGAAUAAGCCCUAUGGAUGAGCCUGUACCAGAUUCAGAAUCUCCUAUUGAAAAGGUUCUCUCACCUCUACGGAGUCCACCACUGAUAGGUUCAGAUACCACUUAUGAUACAUUUUUGAGUGCUGAUGUAAAGUCUCCCACCAGAGAUUAUGGAAGUCCUUCUGAGGGGAAACCUGAAAAAGAAAAAUCACCUGUUCAGAUGAGCCCAGCUUCUGAAGCCAGCUCUGUGGGCCUUUUCCAAGAAAAACAAGAUGAAAAAAGCAUGGAGUUUAUGGUAAUUAAGGAAGGCUUCAGCCUAGAAAGGAAAAUGGAGGAUACAGAACCCAGCAGCUCCCAGUCUUCACUGGUCUUGGAUGAGCAGAAGUUAGCAGGUGAUCUCUCACCUACUCAAAUAGAUAUCGGUCAGUUUGUUUCCUUAAAAGAAGACACCAAAAUGUCAAUUUCUGAAGGCACUGUUUCUGACAAGUCUGCAACUCCAGUUGAUGAGAUUGUAGCAGAAGACACCUAUUCCCAUAUAGAAGGAGUAGCUUCUGUCUCUACAGCAUCUGUUGCUACUAGUUCAUUUCCAGAACCAAUUACUGAUGAUGUAUCUCCUUCUUUGCAUGCUGAGGUUGGAUCCCCCCACUCUACUGAAGUUGAUGAUUCCCUUUCAGUGUCAGUUGUACAAACACCAACAACGUUUCAGGAAACAGACAUGUCUCCAUCUAAGGAAGAGUGUCCAAGGCCCAUGUCAAUUUCUCCACAAGAUUUCUCACCUAAAACUGCAAAAUCAAGAACCCCAGUGCAUGAUCACAGAUCUCCUGAACAGUCAACUAUGUCAGCAGAAUUUGGUCAGGAGUCCCCUGAGCAGUCUUUAGCAAUGGACUUUAGCAGGCAAUCUCCAGACUAUCCUACUGUAGGCACUAGUAUACACCAUAUAUCUGAAAAUGGACCAACAGAAGUAGAUUAUAGCCAUUCAGAUAUACAGGAGCCUAGUUUUGCACAGAAGGUUUCCCCUGUGGAGCAGUCAUCUUACUCUCAGGAGAAGGAUAUUUCAGAAAUUAUUUCAGUUUCACAAAUUGAAGCUUCAUCCUCAACUUCAUCAGCUCAUACACCUUCCCAGUUAACUUCGCCACUGCCAGAAGAAACUUUUUCAGGUUCUGUUCCGCCCACAGAUAUGUCACUACAUUCUUCUUUUACCUCAGAAAAGUUGCAGAGCCUAGGAGAAAAGCUGUCACCAAAGUCUGACCUAUCUCCAUUAACUCCAAGGGAAUCUUCUCCUCUGUACUCUCCUAGUUUUCCAGAUUCACCUCCUGCAAUCACAGAAGUGGUGUCAGCUAGUCACACAUCUUCGUUGUUGCUGCAAGUGUCCUCUGUCAAAGCAUUUGGUUACCAGGAACCCCUAACAAAGCACAGUCCAGAACCUUUAAUCAGACCAGAAAAAGAUCCAGAGAAAAGCAGCAGGUCACCAGAACAACUUAGUUAUUCUUACAAGGCCACAGAGAAAACUACUAGGUCACCAGAGGAUAGUAACUACUCCUAUGAGGCAGUUGCAAAAUCUAGAUCACCUCAGGCCACAGAUUAUUCCUGUGAGAUAACAGGGAAAGCUACUAGGUCACCUGAGGCCACAGACUAUUCUUAUGAGAUGACAGGGAAAACCACGAGGUCACCAGGAGUCACAGAUUUUUAUUCCUAUGAGAUAAUUGGGAAAGCCACCAAACCACUUGAUGUCGCAGAUUAUUCCUAUGAGAGAAUUGGGAAAGCUGCCAGAUCACCUGAUGCUAUGGAUUACUCCUAUGAAACAACAGGGAAAGCCACCAGCUCACCUGAAGCCACAGAUUACUCAUUUGAGACAACUGGGAAAACUGCCAGGUCAUCCAAAGCUACUAGCUAUUCCUAUGAAGCAAGUGCACAUUUUGCUCCAGGAAAAUCAUUAGCAGAAUCACGUCAAGAUGUUGACUUAUGCCUUGUGUCCUCCUGCGAAUAUAAACAUCCUAAAACUGAACUUUCACCCUCAUUUAUCAACCCAAAUCCCCUUGAGUGGUUUGCAAGUGAAGAACAGUCUCAAAGUCAAGAGAAGCGUUUAACUCAAUCUGGGGGAGCCCAGCCACCUUCUGUGGGAAAGCAGCAAGGGUGGCAGCAUGACGAAACCCCUCCCACAUCUGUGAGCGAGUCUGCCCCAUCUCAGACUGAUUCAGAUGUUCCCCCUGAGACUGAGGAAUGCCCUUCCAUCACUGCAGAUGCUAACAUUGACUCAGAAGAUGAGUCAGAAACCAUUCCAACGGACAAGACAAUUGCAUACAAACAAAUUGACCCGCCACCUAUCCCGAUGCAGGAUCACAGACCUUCCCCUAGGCACCCUGAUGUCUCCAUGGUUGAUCCAGAGACUUUGCCCAUCGAUCAGACUUUAGGUAAACCUUUGAAGAAGGACCUCAAAGAAAAGGCAAAGACAAAAAAGCAGGGUGCUAAGACCAAGUCAUCUUCUCCUGUUAAAAAAAGUGAUGGCAAAUCAAAGCAAGUGGCUUCACCAAAACCAGCUGUAAAAGAAUCUUUAGACAAAAUUUCCAGAACAGCUUCUCCAAAAAAAGAGUCUGUGGAGAAGGCAACCAAAAAUAUCUCUAAUCCAGAAGUGAAGUCUCGAAUGGAAGAGAAAGAUAAGGACACCAAGAAUGCAGCAAAUACAACAUCAUCUAAGUCAGCAAAGACUGCAACCACAGGACCUGGGAAUAGUAAGUCAGUAAAAUCUACAGCGGUGCCUCCAGGACCUCCAGUGUAUUUGGAUCUGGUAUACAUUCCCAACCACAGCAAUAGCAAGAAUGUCGAUGUUGAGUUUUUCAAGCGGGUGCGGUCAUCCUACUACGUGGUGAGCGGGAACGAUUCUGCAGCCGAGGAGCCAAGCAGGGCUGUUCUGGACUCCCUGCUAGAGGGCAAGGCCCAGUGGGACACUAACAUGCAGGUGACCUUAAUCCCAACCCAUGACUCAGAAGUGAUGAGGGAAUGGUACCAAGAGACGCAUGAGAAACAGCAGGACCUCAACAUCAUGGUUUUGGCAAGCAGCAGCACUGUUGUUAUGCAGGAUGAAUCUUUUCCCGCAUGCAAGAUUGAACUGUAAGAAUGAGACCAUGCACCACAAGAUUUAACUUUGUUUCCCGAAAUUCUUCAGUUUGAAAAUACCUUUUCUAAAAAUUCAACCCAUCUAUUUCAACUGCUGAACUGUAUACCUGCAAAAUGCUAUACUGUAUCAUGGUGAUGCAAGUCACUAGUAUUUUUCAGUCUUUGCUGAUUGCUAAGGGAAAUAACAGUAUUCCCAUAGUAGGGUUCAAAAUUACUGCAAAAAUACAGAUCCAGUUUCAUCUCCGCUGAAUGUUUGGAAAGCAUGUACUAGCAAUCUCAACUGACUUCUGCCAGGUAGAGGUAUUUGCCCUCUAAAGAAACACAAAGAGAGAGAAAGAGAGAGAGGGGUAGGAGGAGAAAGUAAUAAUUAUACCUCCAGUAGUCUCAUGGCAAUAGCUGUAUCACUUACUGCAGUCUGUUUAUGCACUCACAUGAAAAGGAGGUUUUAAAUUUGUAUCAAUCAUCUGAGCUAUCACAAAGGAGGUCCUUACUUUACAGAAUUAAGUUAGUUAGAAAAUAAGAAGUAGAAUGUGGCUAGGAAGGAACAGACAACCUAAACGCUCAUUAGCAGUUUUCCACUUUAAUUUGAACUCUGCAUAAUGACAUACCAUAGCAAUCAUAGGCCAAAUAUGCACGUAGUCUGAACCCCAUGCAGAAUUCUAAAACCUUUCUUUCGACAUGCAGAAUUGUUGGUCUAAGGCAUUCUCCCAGUAAAAAUCCACUCACUCCAAUCAGAGCUGACCAGUCCAUAUGCUUGAACACCCAUAUCCACUGUCAAUUAACUGAAGCAAAAUACCAAACAGUUGGGAGUACAUACAGUAGACAAUUUGCCUUAGAAAGGGACUUGGAUGUACAAAGAAACUUGAUGCACUUAUUUUUUAAUGUUGAGACAGCAAAUUUAUAAAACAUCUGUGUAGGAUCUUAGUUACACCAGUAAAGAAGUGUGAGUGUGCAUGUGUGGUACUAGAAACCUAUCUGACUGGUCAAACAGCUUGGUGCUAUGACUUAUGUAUGUUAGAUCUGUGAACAAUUCAUUGAUGCAUCAGGACAGCUCAACAAGGCAAGAUGAGCAUAUUUUUUUUUUAAAGCUUCUUUUGUACUUUGGAAGCAAGAGUGGAGUGGUGUCCAGUAUCAGAGUUGCAAAACUUAGUGAAACAUUCAGGAUGAUGAAAAAGGUUACCUGCGAGUCUGUACAGUAUUCAACCUUCCUUUAUCUUACCUUAUUUUAUGUGUUUAAUUUAAGGCUAAAUAUGGGAACAAAUGUACAGAAACCUUUUAUUUUUAGUGAUGCGUGAACUUUUAAUAGAUUUUUAACAAAAAUUUUCAUUUACAGGAAAAUGCAAAGAAAAAUUUUUCAGGUGAAGGCAAAUUUUUAGUAGUUUUGUAAGAUACCUUAAUAAUGUUGCUUAAGGUUCUAGUGAGAAUGGAUGUUGAGGUAAGAUUUAUUGAAAAUAGUCAACUGCUGAUACCUUUUUGGGGUGGGGGAGGGGCAUCCUGGUAGUAAAAUUAAUCUAUUGAUGAUGACAGAAAAUGGGAUUUGAAAUGUUGAUUGCCUAAUAUUUACAAGGGUGUAACUUACAUUCUCAAUCCUUACAAGAUCUUGAAAAAAGAUAGAAUAAGCAAUAAGCCAAAAUCAGUCUCCCUUCCCUCCCCUCCC